AUGCGUAUGCGUCAUCUCUCUACGUUCAUACUCGUUUACAUACCGGUGAACGACCGUUCAGGUUAUUUCUUUGAUCGAUUAAAUACUUUAUUAGAAGAUUUCAGUAUGAAAAUAAAACUUUCGUUGAACGAGAUUGAAUUCACUUAUGUGCUCACCAUGCGAUGUUGGGCUAGGUUGAUUCGCUCGUCGAUUAUUUCUUCAACAGCCUCAGCACCAGUUAAUUUGAAUGACACAUGUAGUUAUUGUGAUAAAUCGUUUACGAAUCAGGGCAACAUGCAAGUUCAUCAACGUGUUCAUACCGGCGAGAAACCGUUCAACUAUCCUCCAGAGUGCAUCGCAGCACAUAUAUCCUCAUCACAAGUCUCCAUCUUGUUUAGAUACAAAUGCAACGCUUGCGAUAAGAGUUACGCACAGAAAGUUGGCCUGAAAAUCCAUCUGGAGCAAUGUCAGCAAUACCUGAGCAAUGAAGGAGUUAUAAGUGCUGAUGAAGAUCUCGAAAAGCCGAACGCAAUAGAAUGUCUGAUUCCAAAUAUUCUACGUAUCCAAGAUGGUGCAAUCUCGUUGACGCCCUUCCAAUAUUCACCGCAAAUGAUCGCAACAGAACGUCACGACAGCACGAAUUCUUCCCCAAUCAGCAUCAAACCUCCGACAAGUUCACCAUUCCAAACAACUCAAAGCCCCCAAACAAAACUGUUCGCUCCACCUCAACAAAUGCCUGUUUCAACACCAUCAUCUCUACUCGUUCAAUGCAACACGAACGCAACGAUAAGCCCACCAAAGGCUACAGCUAUAGCCCAAGUCCAUGUACCAACCCAAAAUAUUAUCAGCCCAUCGGCAUUCCACGGGAUCGUCUCCGAUCCUUACAAAGGCUCUGCAUCGAUCGAAUCGCCAUCUUUCAGUCAUCCACAGCUAGUCACUCUGAAACGGCUUUUGGACGGCACAACAGCAUGUUCCCAGUUUGUUCCAGCGCAGUUUUUGUUGCCAAAUCAACAGUUACAGUUGCUUUUACAGUCUUCACAACCGAGCGAGCAAUGGUGCACGAAUGCCUCUGCAAUGAACCACCAACAACAGUAUCAUCAGAAUCAUCAACCAAUGUCACAUUUCAUGUCAAAUAUUCCGAACGGCUUGUCCAGUUAUGUCUCGUUACUACCACAACUGACAGCUACUUUUCCCGGUGUUAUGAUGCAAUCCGGUUUUGUACCGCCAACGAUUAAAAAUGAAUCUUCACCAAUGAUUGUUUGA